AUGGAGGGCACCUCUCCCACCGCUGUUUCCUAUAUGGUAGAUCUCUAUGCCUUUUGGGUUGGAUCAUAUUAUGGCGGCAUCUACUGCGCGAAGAGGAGCUCCAAGGAUGGCAAAUGGGGAAGCGUUUACGCCCUCCAUGACUUUGUCUCUGGCAGCGCUGUUGCCGAGGGAACCUCGCCAUGUGCCGCCGUCUACCGAGAUAAACUUUAUCUCUUUUAUAACGGGCGUGGAAGAGAUGGCACCUUUUACGCCCAGUGCACCAGGAGUGGCUGGGAGCCGAGGGUGACCGCUCUCAUUGACCACGUCCCGAGCAAGCAAAUGGGCUUUGAUGAAAAUACUUCCCCAGCCGCCGCCGUCCACAACGGCAAACUUCAUGUAUUCUGGUGCGGUUCCGGCAGAGACGGGAUAUACUGGUUUACGCUCCAGGAAAAUACCUGGAAUUAUCAGUCACCCAUCAGUGGCCGUGUAUCGGUUGCCCUCAAUUCGUCGCCCUUUGCUUGCACCUGGGGCAAGAACCUCUGUCUCUUCUAUAACGGCAGCGGUAAGGACGGCACCUACUACUUCACCUAUGAUGGUAGCCAAUCCGAACCCUGGAAUGACCCGAUUUCAGUUCCGGCCAAGAUGACUGGAGGGAUGGCCACAGCCGACGGCACCAGCCCCAGCUUCGUCUCCACGGACUACGGAAGGCCCAGACUCUUCUGGGUAGGAUCAGGAGGACACAUGCAUGGCCUCUGGUCUUCAGAAGCAUUUGGAGAUGGCUGGGAGCGACAGGACAACUUUGCAAACGAGGUUGGUAGGAACGAUUUAGGUGAGAAAACGAGCCCUGCUGCAACUACGCUUGAUGUUUUCGAUACCGAGCAAAAGGUGGUGGAAAGGAUCCCGUUCGUAUUUUGGGCGGCAAAUAGCAGACGGAAUGGAUCUGCGCUCAUCUUGCCCAUUUAUUUCGCUACUACUUGA